AUGUUUUUAGCUUUAAUGACGAUGAUUUCCUUGGGAGAUCCAAUCGCUUCGAACGCAGUUCUUUCAGCACUUCAAAUCAACAGCCGGGACAAAAUCAUCUCUAUCAAAGAAAAAGCGAACGCCGACUCCAACUUCAUCAUCACGCACAUUAUUAAACAAAUCAUUCACGAGAAGAACCGUUUGUGUUUGGUGAACUUUCAUAAUCCCAUCGAACAUUACCAGAGUAUCGGCAAAAAGUUGGGCUAUGAUCUGCUGAAAGCUGUAGAUGAUGGUUUAGUCAAGAUUAUAGAACCUAUUAAAGAUAUAGUUGAGAACAUCGGCUGUGAGGAUAGUUAUUUACAAGAAAAUAAGGAAAACGUAGUUAAAGACUUGUACUUCAACAUAAAAGAUUGCGUGAAUGCAUUAAAAACAGACGGUAAAAUAGUGUAUCUGUUAAUAGAUGAUUUGAGUCAUUUACACGACUUAGAUAUAGACAUUAAGCACACAUUACUAUUCGUACACUACUGCAUAAGCCUUACAGAUCGCGAUGAUGUUUGUUUCAUACUUAACAAUCACGUUUCUACACAUACAGACAAUGUUAUUUCAAAAAAUUUAGAGUAUGUCGCAGAUGUCAACGUCAAAGUUUCUUCGCUGAAGACCGGAAAGUCUCAAGAUGUCACUGGGUUUCUGAAUGUGAGAAGAGGUAACGACCUGAGCUGCUACCACUAUAAAGCCUUUGAUAGGGGGAUCAAAACGUUUCGACCUGGAGAGUCUAUUCAUCAUUUAUAUAAAUAA